AUUAAUUUAUCUUAUUUUCACAUUAUUUUUUCGCAUAUAUUAUACAAUGCGGAAUUAGUUUCGUUUUACUCUUCGUAAUUUUUUUCGAUUCGUCGUCAUAACAUUUCCAUUCUGAAUUUCGUCUGCAAUGAGCUUUGUAGUGACCAAUUAGUGAUUCACAUACUGGGGGCACGAAUUCUAUUAUUGACAGUAAAUGAAACUCAGAUCCUUCUAACAAAAGAGAUGUUGGUGGAUCAUCUAUUGAAAUAAAUUGAUUGGAAUGAAAUUCAAAUGCAAUAAGAUCUCGCAAAGAUACACUAAAUGAUUUAACACCUUUAGUGUCGCCGCACACGAGCCACUCGCCACAGCCACAAACGCCGCCACUAGAAGCUAGAAGCGGCUACAAAGGUAGCUGAAGCGCGCGACAGCCACUUGUGGCCGGUGGUCGACACUUGCGGUCGGUGGCUGCUUGUUGUUGUACUUUUUUUUACCCUUGCGGCGUGCAGUAUCAUAAUGGACUCUGACGAAGAAGGUUUAAUUGCGCUACUUUUGAUAAAAAGACGUCGUCGUAGAAGACGAAACCGUAGUUAUUGGAUACAUCCAAUUUUAACGAAUGUAAACAAAUGCAACGAACAUUUCGAUAAUCUUCUAAACCAUCCUAAAAAGUUUUUCAAACAUUUUCGUUUAACCCAUUCAAUGCGGCGCACGCCGAUCGGCGUAUUAUUGUUUCAUACUCAGAUUCUGACCACGCCGAUCGGCGUAAUAUAAAAUUGUUUUAUAUUUUAUCCAAAUUUGAUGAUUUAAUAAUAAAAUAUAGACCAAUGUGCUUGUAAUUUAUAAGUGAUAUGCCUGGUACAAGUAGUUUUUGGAUAUUUCAGUUCUAGAAACGUUGAGUUUUCUUACUCUGGUGCUGAAAACGCCAAUCGGCGUAUUCCAGGGAUUGAGAACUUAACUUAACUUAACUUUACUUGUAUUGGUUUUGUUUUUUUUUAGAGAGAUAAGCCAUGUAUUCACUGAACAACAGUGUUUCGGAUACACAGUUUCUGAAACAUCACGUAAAUGUUUCCAGGAACAAUGUUUCGGAAACUCUGCCGUCCACACAGUCAGUUGCUUAGGUCAUGUCGCCCGAGGAAGUAGUGUUGUUAUGUGGUGCCUACAUUUUUUUGCAUAAGUCCAUUUCUAGUAAAAAGAAACGUAAAAGAUGGUGGGUCAGGAAUUACUUGCUAAGAAGACAAGACGUAUUAAGUGAUUUAUGCAUGUUUGAUGGAUCAUUUAUAAACUUUCUACGAAUGUCAAAAUCAGAUUUUGAAUAUCUUUUGCAAAAUGUUGGACCAUUUAUAGAGAAACAAGAUACAAACUUACGAAGUGCAGUUACCGCUGAAACAAGACUAGCCAUUACUUUAAGAUAUUUAGCUACUGGAGAUUCAUAUUCUUCACUCUCAUACACUUUUAGAGUUUCCAAACAAUUAAUCAGCCGGAUCAUACCCGAAGUUUGUAAGAAUAUAAAACGUGUGUUGAAGAACUACAUCCAGGUUCCGAGUUCCGAAGCGCACUGGAAAGAAAAGGCCCGUGAGUGGAACGAAUUAUGGAAUUUUCCACACUGUGUCGGAGCUAUAGAUGGGAAGCAUGUGGUUAUUGAAGCGCCUAGCAAUAGUAACAGUGAUUACUACAACUACAAAGAUCAGUUAAGUAUUGUACUACUGGCUAUUGUAGAUGCAUCUUAUAAUGUUAUAUAUGCAAACUGUGGUGCGAAAGGAAGAGCAUCUGACAGUGGCAUCUUUCAAGAAACGAGUUUCUAUCAAAGAAUGGUGGAACACCGUCUUAAUUUUCCAAACCAAGAAACGAUAUCACCAGAUGGACCUGACCUUCCUUAUGUAAUACUGGGCGAUAGUGCAUUCCCAUUAUCGGAAAACUUGAUGAGGCCGUACCCGGGUAUUCAUAACCGUGGCACAAUGAAACGAAUUUUCAACUAUAGACUCUGUAGGGCCAGGAGGGUUGUAGAAAAUGUUUUUGGAAUUUUAUGCGUGGUUUUUCGUGUAUUUCGUAAACCAAUUCCUCUCAAGCCUGAAAAGUGUGAACUUAUUGUAAUGGCAUGUCUUUACAUGCAUAACUUUUUAAGAAGGAAUAAACAAUCUAGAGCCUUGUAUACGCCCCCGAUGACUUUUGAUUUUGAAGACAGUGACCAUAAUGUCAUAGAAGGUGCUUGGCGUAGAGAGUAUACAGUUGAAGGAACUUCAAUUUUGGAAUUGGAAAGGCGACCUAGAAAUUCAGCACGUACUGCUACAAUCAUAAGGGAUCAAUUUGGUGAAUAUUUCAUGAGCGAAAGAGGAAGCUUGCCGUAACAAAACAAUGUAGCUUAAUGCUAUGGCGGUAGUGUUUUCGUAUAUGUUAGAUAGAAUAUUUACAUGCCUACAGCUGAUAACAUAAAAAUAAAAUAUGAAUAAUGCG